AUGUCAACUGCCCUUCCUUCUACUGCUGGUACACCACAACCAACAGGUCUACAUAACCAAGUGCCAGCAAGUCCUGCUCAAGCCUUUGCUCAAGCACAAAUACAACAACAACAACUCCAAGCCCAAAGUUUAUUUAGACAAAAACAACUUAUGGCUCAAAAGCAACAACAGUUGCAACAACUUCAACACCAGCAACAACAACAACAACAACAUCUUUUUCAUCAGCCUCAUUUAUUGCAGCAACAAAAACAACAGCAGUUGCAAUAUCUUCAACAACAACAGCACUUGCAACAACAACAGCAAAUGCAUAUUGCCCAACAACAACAGCAGCAACAGCAAUUAUUGCAACAACAACAGCAACAACAACAGCAACAACAACAUCAGCAACAGCAACAGCAACAACAGCAACAGCAACAGCAACAACAGCAACAACAACAUCAGCAGCAGCAGCAACAACAGCAACAACAAUUGCAGCAACAUCAAUUGUUACAUCACCAACAACAACAGUUGCUACAGCAACAGUCACAUCCACCACCUGUUCAUACAUCACAAAGAACACCUCAACUACAACAACAAACGCCUCGAUCAGUCAACAUGCACUCAUCUACACCUAUCAUGACUUCACAGGGUUCUCCUGCGCCUAUGCUGCCUUCUAAACUCAAUACUUCAACCAUGAUAGCUGCUGCACCAAGUCAAUCAAGUGGCCAAGCUGUUCUUCGUCUACUUCAAUUCGCUGAACAACUCAGUCCAGGCGAGAAAGAGGCUGAAAAUCGAUCGUUUUGGGACAAUUUUGUAGAUACCUUUUUCACAAGUUCAAGUGUAUACAAGCUUGGAUUAUUAAAUACUGUAGAUAAUGAACAAAAAGCUUUUGAGAUCAAUCAUCCCCUUUUAGCACAGUACUUUCAUACUCAGUACCUGUGUGGUAUUAAAUCGAUUCAACUCACCUUGGAGAAAACAAUGGAGUAUAUUUUACCUGGGGGAGUGAUGCAUGUUGAAUGUCCUCGAGCAAGUAUUAUCUACAGGUUCAAGAAUGGCACUCUGGUCAUUUCCACAGGUUCAUUAUGGGCUCAAUUUGUCAUGACGCCUGAUGGAGUGUGGAAAAUGGGCCAUAUGGAUUUCUUAUGUGAACAAAGAGAAGAGUUUAAGAUACCACCGCAUCAAUCUGUUAUACCUGAAUCACCUAUCAAUCAAUGGGGUGUUCCUUCUCGUAUCUAUCAUAUUUUACAGAUGUCUGAUAUUGCUCCUAGAGCAGGUGAAGUUAUAUUCCAUUCACUUGUGUCAGGAUCUACACCUAAAGAAAGUUUAGGUGCUAUUGCAUUUGAUAAACAAUCGAUAAAGACAGAAAAUGAAGACAAGUCUCAACAGAUGGAUACACCUAUUGUAGGCAUGAUGGCAGCACAUUCUCCUAUUGUCAAGACACAGACAGGUCGACCUCAACAACCCUUUAUGCCCUUACAACAACAAGCUGCUCUGAGGCAACAACAGCAAGCCGCUUUCCAGUUUCAUCAACAGCAACAGAUACAAUUCCAUCAGCAACAGAUGCAAGGACCCCCACACCAAGUCAUCCAUUGUCAUACCAGCAGCCAUACCCUUCUCAAUUUACUCCACAAAGCCCAGUCUCACGCAAACGAAAUAGUACUGCUAGUGAUGUGA